GUACGGACCCUUGCAGGGGAAUGAUGGAACGCGGCCAGCUCCAGUGCCUGGGCGCAACACCAACCAAAAAUCUCAACCUGCUGCCGCCAGACAUCGCGAUUGCGACCGCGCGCGCUGCCCCGUGAAGCCUGACCCUAGAGGCUGCUUCUCGGCAUGGUUUGGCAUCCAUAAUGUCGAAAUCAUGGAAGGCAACGCUCAAGCUUCCGCGCUCAAGCUUUCCCGCCCGGCCGAACCCAAAGCUUCAACGGCAGUACCUACGCGAGUGCACCGAAGACCUGUACCAGUGGCAGACGGCGAAUCGACCCCAUGACGACCCCUUCAUACUCCAUGAUGGGCCGCCCUACGCCAAUGGCCCUCUGCAUAUUGGGCACUCCAUCAACAAGAUCCUCAAGGACAUGAUCCUCAGAGUGCAGGUUCAGAAUGGGCGGCGAGUUUUGUAUAGACCGAGCUGGGACUGCCACGGGCUGCCCAUAGAGAUGAAGGCUCUCGGUGCCAGCUCUGGCAAGGGCAUGAGCCCUGUCAAGGUCCGCGAAUCUGCGAGGCGUCUGGCUACCAAGACGGUAACGGAACAGAUGAAGGGCUUCCAGUCCUUCGGAGUCAUGGCGGAUUGGGAGAACAAGUGGACCACGAUGGAUCGCGAAUUCGAGAUCAGACAACUCCGUGUCUUUCAAAAGAUGGUCCACCACGGGCUCAUCUACCGCAAGCACAAACCCGUGUACUGGUCCAUCUCGUCACGGACUGCGUUGGCUGAAGCCGAGCUCGAGUACAAGGAUGACCACGUGUCCCACACUGCAUACGUCAAGUUCCCCAUUACUGCCGACUGCACUGCUAUCCCGGAAUUGGCGGGCUUUCAGGGACGCCUCUACGCCGCUGUUUGGACGACGACGCCAUGGACACUACCUGCCAACAGGGCCAUCGCGGUGCAUAGCGGUCUGUCAUACUCUGUGCUUCAAGUUGGAGACUAUGGCCUUCUUGUUGCAUCGUCUCGCGUGGAGGCAGUGAGGGGGUAUCUACCCAAGUUCGAAGUCGUAGUUGAGGGCUUGCCUGGCUCACGACUCGCGGGCCUUUCCUACUGGAACAAGCUGCGUGGGAAAAAUGCCCCCAAACAGCCCAUCGUCCACGCCGACUUUGUAACCGAGGACUCCGGUACUGGCCUCGUCCACAUGGCUCCAGGUCACGGUCAGGACGAUUACGAGGUUUGCUCGAAGAUCGGCAUUGAAGCCUUCGCCCCAAUCAAUGAUGAGGGUUUCUUCACAGAGGAGGCCUACCCCGACCAGCCUGAAUUGCUGACAGCGGCUCCAUCGAUUCUGGAUGGAGGCGGCCGAGCGGUCCUGGAUCUUAUGGCAGAGGAUGUCUUGGGGACGCACGACCUGGUGCACAAGUAUCCGUAUGACUGGCGAACCAAAAAGCCCGUCGUGGUCAGGGCGACUGCGCAGUGGUUCGCAGACGUGGGGGGAAUCAAGGAUGGUUCUCUCAAGGCGUUGAAGGACGUGCGCUUCGUGCCCGAGUCGGGCAGAGUUCGUCUUGAAAGCUUCGUCAAGGGCCGCAGUGAAUGGUGCAUCUCUCGACAGCGCUCCUGGGGCGUUCCGAUUCCAGCGCUGUACAACGCUGACGGAGACUCUGUCAUGACGGAGGAGUCCAUCGAGCACAUCAUAUCCGUCAUGUCGCAACGGUCGUCAGACGCCUGGUUCUCCGACAGCCCGGACGAUCAGGCGUGGGUGGCACCGUCUCUGAAAGGGCCGCAUCGUCGUGGCACAGACACCAUGGAUGUCUGGUUCGACAGCGGCAGCAGCUGGACGGAGAUCAACCGUCCGGUUGAUAUGUAUCUCGAAGGCUCGGACCAGCACCGCGGAUGGUUCCAGUCGAGUCUGUUGACGUAUAUCGCAGGCCAAAAGGCAGACGGCAAGACAGACGACGAAGUUGUUUCGCCAUUCAAGACCCUCAUUACCCAUGGAUUCACUUUGGACUCACAGGGAAAGAAGAUGUCAAAGUCGCUGGGCAAUACCAUUGUGCCGGAAGAGGUCAUUGACGGCCGCCUACUGCCGCCUGUCAAAGGCAAGGGUAAGGGUAAUGAUGGCCCCAAGUUUGAUGCACUUGGACCCGAUGCGCUGCGACUGUGGGCGGCGAGCAGCGACUUUACGACGGAUAUUCUCAUCGGGCCGUCCAUCUUGCAGCCCGUACACAAUGCUCUCAUCAAGCACCGCACGAUUCUCAAAAUGAUUCUCGGGUCGCUGCAUCGGUCGGCCCGCCAAGCGCCUCUCACCAAGCUUGACCAGAUUGCCCUAUUACAGCUGUCUGAGGUUUCCAAGCAGAGCUGGGAGGCGGUGAACAACUACGAAUUCCAUAAGGCCACCGCUUUGGUCAACCGCUGGGUUGCGACGGACUUGUCCGCUUUCUACCUGGAAGCCUUGAAGGACCGACUUUACUGCGGCGACGGUGGUGGUGCGUUGGAACCAAUCUUUGUGGGAUUCCUGCGGAUGCUGGCACCCAUCACGCCGAUUUUGGUCGAGGAAGCUUGGGCUCAUCGACCGUCGUGGAUGGCCGAGGACAGCUCUCUGCAGCACCCAGCGCGCCAACUGUACCAUGAACCCUUGGUAGAUCCAGCCCGUUUGGCGAUUCAUCCUGACAAGCUACGUGUGGACAUGCCGGCCUUGUCUGCGGUCCACGAUGCUGUCAAAGGUGGGCUGGAGCAAGCACGAGAAGCCAAGGCACUCGGAAGCUCCCUGCAGUGCUCGGUGGUCAUAGCUACCGAAGAUGCUGCGCUCACGGCCACCUUGAAGGACUACAUGGAUGAACUGGAUGCCAUGUAUGUGGUGUCGCACGUGGAGCUCAACACGGUGCUUCCUGAGGAAAGGCCUUGGUGCUAUAGCAAGCCUAUUGAGCUACAAGGCGAUCACAAGGGCACGGUGCACGUGCUCCCGCCGAAGCAGGCCAAAUGUUCGCGAUGCUGGCGGUACGUUGCAGAGGAGGAUGAUGGCAUCUGCGGGCGGUGUGAAGAGGUGAUCGCUGCUGCGGACUGAAAUUCUCGAUAUACCCGAAACUUGUAUUAUAUGGAGGGAAUGAGACGAUAGCUGGAUGUACAACAUGUAUGUAUAGGCCGCGGUCGGCAAUUAGAGACAGCUCUGUGUCA